GUAAACAUUGCCAACUGUAACGCUGGUUUCUUUAAAAGUUUUUUCACACACACACACCUCGCACUCAACUAAAUUCAAACAUCAUCUCCCAAAUUCCAAAAAUUCUAGAUUCCAAUCUACAAAAGACCCCACAAAUUCUCAUCCCAGAAAUCAUCAAACAUUCAUGAAAUUAAUGGGACCGUCUCAGUCUCUCCUACUCCUCGCGCUCUCUCUCUUCUCCAUACUCACCUCCUCCGCCGACUACUCAGCCCUCGUCUUCAAAGGCUGCGCCGACCAGAACUUCCAAAAUUCCAACGCCCUUUACAGCGGAACGCUUCGAACUCUCUUCGACACGCUCAUCUCCCAGUCCUCCUCCGCCAAGUUCUACAAAACCACGUCGGGCGACGGGACAUCGGCCGCCGUCAGCGGCCUCUUCCAAUGCAGAGGCGACAUCUCCGGCGGCGACUGCAACAGUUGCGUGCAGAAAGCCCCCAAUUUGGCGCAGAAGCUGUGCGGCCAAGCAAUUGCGGCCAGGGUUCAGCUCAACGGGUGCUACCUGCGGUACGAGAUCUCCGGGUUCAGGCAGGUCAGCGGUGUCGAGCUGCUGUACAAGAUUUGCGGCUCCAAUCGGGCGAGGAUGGGCUAG